AUUCCUCAGGGGGGUCCACGGGAGAUGAUGGGAAGUAGUUCUGGCGCGCAAGUUCGAGCUACGGGAAGCGACUGCGCGUGCGCGCGGCUCCCGGUUGGCUGACGGUCUCUGAGGCGCCGGGGCUCGGAUGGCUUCCCGGCGGCGGCAGGAGGAGACCCUCCGCUUCCAUGGCUUCCUCCUGCAAGUAUAUGAAGAAGGAAAGCAGAAUAAUACAGCUGGCCCUUCUAUUUUUGAGACUGACCUACGAGUCCAUUUGAUCAAUAAAGGCCAUACAAAUCCUUUAGAAAAGCUUUGGGACCCCAAUGGAACAUUUUUUAUUGUAGAGAAAAUGAGAUUACAUGAAGAAACCAGCAGUCUGGAAGAAUGGCAAAAUGGUGAGCCUUCAGUUUCUGAGGCUUUUCUGAAAGAGAAUUUAUCAGGAUCUCCUCUGGCCCUUUCAAGAGCAAGGCAGUUGAUUUCUUUCUACACAAUGUCUCAAAAUCCAAACAUGAAACAUUUACAAAUAAACCAUGCAGUGCAGCUUCCUCCACUCUGGGUUCGAUGUGAACCUUCUGACCCAAAAAAGACUAUUUGGCUUGGAGCAGAACCUUUGAGGAGUGGGAACAGCCUUUUGGGAAUCAGGCUUCACACUAUUACUUGCAACAGUCCUGUGUCAGAUAAUAAUUAUUCUAUUGGCUUGAAGGAACUGAAAGAAAAUCAUAGAAUGAGACAUCAUGCUUCAGAUCUGACAGUGGCAGGCUUUGCCCGAUACGGAUUUCUUGAAUCCCCUUCACUGGAUUCCUUGACUCGGGAGGAUUCUCUUAUUCCACUGGAGAGAAAUAUAUAUGCCGAUUUUGCUUGGGAGGGUGUGAAAAAAAUGCUGCAGGUCCCUCCUCCCUCAUCUACUGCUCUGCUGACACUUCAGAUGGCCUCUGGGAGCCUCUUGAGUUCUGUAUAUGAGCCAAACAGAGAAUUGCAGUUUCUCUUGAGUUUGGCUGAGAUUUUGAAGAAUGGAGUAAUAAAAUGGCCGAAUGCCCUGGGAAGAAAGUCUGCUGUCGAGCUAGUACAGAAACUUUUGAAAGACGUAAAAGAUGAAGUAGAUGGACUGAAGUCACACAAUGAAGAUGAUACUGAGGAUAACACUGCUGCAGUCAUUGGUUCCAUGAAAACGCUUUUCAGUCAGCGCGGAGCCCUUGAUUUCCUUGAACUGCUCUGGUGUAAUAUAUGGAGAAACGUUGCUUCGCACGAGGAACUAGUGGAGUGUCUUUCGUUGGUAAUAAGAGCCCUUCAGCAUGGAGAACUGCAGACCUGGAUUCAUCAAGAGAGUAAUAGCUUACUAAGCAAACUGAUCAAGCAAUCUUACCAUGGAAAGAUGGAAACCGUUUCUCUCGAUGGAGAUUCUCCCGUUCAGAUGCUUCUAGAAAUAGGCGUGGAUAAAAUGAAGAGAGACUAUAUCAGCUAUUUUGUGGGCAAAGAAUUUGCCAUACGGACUCAUUUGGAUUACUUCAUGUCCACUUCAGUAGAUCUUCAGGAACAGGUUCAUCGUAUCCAGAAACUACACCACAUGUUGGAAAUUGUGGACAACUGCUUAGACCUUCUCAAACUGGAGCAUGAGAGCCUCAUCUUCCUGACGCAGUCUUGCAUCAAUUACUAUAAAGAAAACCCUCUGAAUGAAAAGCAUGCAUUUCAGCUACCAGUCAAGACAAGUUUGGUGAAGGAAUUUUACCAAAAUGCUCAUCCUCAGAUAUGGAGAGUGGAAAUCAGCAGCGGUCAAGGACCAAAAAGGGUGAAAACAAUAUGGCAGCUUAGCAGCACGCCUCCAGCUGAACACGACCCGGCCAGCGGAGAUUCACUGGAUGACACCGAAAUUUGUGGCAACAAAGAGAAGCAUUUUAUCACUCUUUCUGAGUGCUCUCAAGUGGACUUCAUCUAAACACGUGCAACUCAUGAGUAGAGCUUCAUUGCAGUGCUCCGCUGCCUGUGUUGAAAUUCUUUCGCAGAAGACAGUUUUAAGGGGAAAGUGCAUUUUAGUGGAGAGCAGGAUGUUGAGCUUGGAGGGUCGCAUCCUCUGUAAAUACGAUGUAGGAGCUGUGGCAAACUUCCCAAUCCUGUGCCACCCAGGAACGUUUAACUAUGCUACGUCUUAUUUCUGCCUAACAAAUGCCUGGUGCAGGCUGGCGUGGGCUGCAAGAGGUUGUGCUUCUCUGGAGGACACAAGGACAGGCAGGGGAAGCCAUCCGAACUGUUUUUAUCUGUAGUACUAUAUAUCAGAAUGGGGGAAGACAGGGAGCACCUGUAAGAAAGCAGGAAUAGAUUAAGAGAUUACCAUCAACUGGUUGUAAAAAAAUGAAAUAAUCAGGCAUAUCUGAUUUCCCAAAACUCUCAGUACUUCGUUUUUGUAACUCUGUUUUAAAAAGUUGUGUUGGUUUUUGAAACAACCUGAGAUUAGCUAGCUCAGGGGUCUCCAAACUUGGCCACUUAAGACUUCCCCAUGCCGACAGGGGAAUUGUGGGAGUCGAACCCCACAAGUCUUAAAGUUGCCAAAUUUGGAGACACCUGAUUACUAGCUUCUAAUCCAGUAUCUUUGAAAGGUCAUUCUUCUUAAUAAAUGACCCAGGAAAAGGUGAAUUUCCUGCCAAGAUAUUCAGUGAUUCCUGCCAGUUAAUUCAGUUCAAAAUUCAGACUGAUGGAGUUGUACAAAUUUGUGGAACUUUGCAAAGUAGAAGUAAUUUCCGAAGCCUGUCACAGAGUUGGAACGUGGACCCCUUUAUCCUCUCUCUUGGGAAGGGAAAUUGAAAGACAAUCCCAACGGCUAUGAUCUCUAUAUGCAAGUUUCAGCCUUGAACUUUGGACCCAAAUAUGUGGGCUAGGCAGAAGGUUUUAGGCUGGGAGGGAGAGGGGUAAAAAAGACCAGGACACAAGCAGUGACGGUCACUAAGGGGAGGAGAGGAGCCUGGCUUACAGCCCAGGGAAGAGGAGCCGAAUGACAGGAAGGCCACCAGCUUUGCCCAAGAGACCUUCCCCAUUUUGUGUGAGCCAAAUCCAGGGGCCAAGAAAAUGUUCCAUAUUCUGAUUCUAUUGAGCUGUAGCCCACCAGGAAUGAUUUUGGUGGCAUUUCUGUGCCUUUGAAUUCGGUAGGAAACACUGCAUUUUUGUGCACAGCCAUAAUAGUUAAGUUGGCUUUUAACUAGUUUUGGGAUUGUUGGGAAUUUUAGCAUUGCCUCAUUGAAAUGUAUUUUACGAGCCACCAAGGAUUGGGUGGCAUAUAUUUAUAUUUGCUAAAUAAACCUA